AUGCACAGAAGAGUCUUUCGACGGAUAUGUCGGUGCCCGUCCAUCGACUCGGUAUAUCCCGCAACUCGGCGAAACUGUCGUGAAUUCCACAUAUCUUCAUCAUGUCUCCAGGGCGAAAACCAAGCUCCAGCCAGUACCGGCGAAAAAGAAGGCAGCUCUGCGUCAUCACAAUCCACAUCUCGUCCAUUGUUCAAACCGAAGAUUGGUGGCGCAUGGGGUGCGAAGCUUUCAAUAUCCCGAGCUCCAGCUACUCUUACGGCUGCUGAGUUGGCGAGUAGAAAUGCCCUUAAAGCAGCUACUCCUCCUCCGCCACCUCCAGAAUCACCGAAACCCAAAGAGAACACACUUCUCGUUUCGCGAACACCUGUCUCUGGACGAACUCCAUGGAGAAAUUCGAAACCAUCAACUGCUCGCGUUCCAGCUGGCCUUACAGCCGCCGAAUUGGCUAGUAGAGACGCCAUAAAAGCAGAUACUCCGCCGCCGUCAGAACUUUCGAAUCGCGAGAAUUUUAUUGUACCUGUCGCACGAGCACCACUUUGGGUUUGUCCCACAUGUCACUAUCCCAGUUGUGUCGGAUCAGACCCCUUUUGCCCCAGAUGUCGAUCACCCAAUCCUAACCCGCCUCAGCCGCCCAAGGUCAACCCCAGAACACUCGGAGAGAAUGUUAUGAAUAAAUGGCGAAAGAAUAACGUCCAGUCACGAAAAAGGGGGGACACUGUCAGGGUGAAAAGAGUUGCGUCCGAGUCCUCGGGAGAACUUCGACCGAUUGAAGAAAAGGAAGAAUUGAUUGAAGCUCAAAUACAAGUCGAACAACGUUCUGUUGUUCAGGACGAGACCAAAAGCGCCGAGCCUGCGGGAGAGACGAAAGAACAGUCCGCCAAAGAGGAAAAACAGAAUAUUAACGAUUUUGACAAAUGGUUAGCGUCUUUAGAAGAACUCAAGAAGGCGGAAGAACUACAGAGAGGCCAGCAAGCUCAACGAUUCGAUAGGGCCAAGGCCGCAAAGAAGGGUCGAUCUCGUGACGGCGAGGAGGACGAGUACGACCCCGAGGAAAGACAAAAACGGAGGGAAAAGCGGAAACAAAAGCAAAAACCUAUAGAGGUUGUUGAACCGCAACGGAGUCCAUUGUUUCUUCCCGAGUUCAUCAGUGUUGGUAAUCUUGCCGAUGUCCUAGGCGUGCGGCAGGCCGAAUUUAUUGAUCACUUGGAGGAUAUUGGGUUUGAAGGAGUGGUAUACAGUCAUGUGCUAGAUGCAGAAACGGCCGGUCUUAUUGCAGAAGAGUACAAUUUCGAGCCCAUUUUCGAGACAAGCGAGCAAGAUCUGGUUGCCGCCCCCGAGCCUGAAGAUAAAUCCCACCUUCCACAGCGGCCACCGGUGGUGACUAUCAUGGGCCAUGUUGACCACGGUAAAACCACGCUUUUGGACUGGCUCCGGAAAUCAUCUGUCGCUGCUACUGAACAUGGUGGUAUCACGCAACAUAUCGGUGCUUUCUCUGUGGUUAUGCCUUCUGGAAAAUCCAUCACUUUCCUGGAUACGCCUGGCCACGCUGCCUUUUUAGAUAUGCGCCGGAGAGGUGCUGAUUUGACAGAUAUUGUUGUCUUGGUAGUCGCUGCAGACGAUAGUGUUAAACCACAAACCAUUGAGGCUAUCAAACAUGCCAAGCAAGCCAAUGUACCGAUCAUUGUCGCCAUCAACAAAAUGGACAAGGAAGGUGUGAAUCCUGAAAGAGUCAAGCAAGAUUUGGCUCGGCAUAGUGUUGACGUGGAGGAUUACGGUGGAGAUGUUCAAGCUAUUCCUGUUAGCGGCAAGACUGGACUGGGCAUGCUUGAUCUCGAAGAGGCGAUUGUGACACUUUCAGAACUGCUGGAUCAUCGCGCUGAUGCUGAAGGCAACGCUGAGGGUUGGGUAGUUGAGGCGACUACGAAAAAGGCCGGACGAGUUGCCACUGUUUUGGUUAAGCGCGGUACAGUGCGUCCAGGCGAUAUUCUUGUUGCUGGUACUACUUGGACUCGUAUCAAGACUUUGAAAAACGAAGCUGGUACUCUGAUUGAGGAGGCCACUCCUGGAAUGCCUGUUGAAAUUGAUGGAUGGCGAGAGCAGCCAGAAGCUGGUUCCGAGGUCUUACAAGCCCCUAGCGAGCAACGUGCCAAGGACGUCGUUGAUUACCGCCUGGAACGUUCAGAUAUCAAGAAGCUAGGCGAGGACACGGCCGCAAUCAACGUGAGUCGUAAGGAAACUCUCGAACAACGACGCCGAUCUGGCGAUGAAGAAACCGCCGGAAGCACAGAGACACCAACCGGUCCUAAGAAAGUCAACUUUAUCGUCAAAGCCGAUGUAUCCGGCUCUGUCGAAGCCGUCGUCAACUUCGUCAGUGGAGUCGGCAACAACGAAGUUAUUCCACACAUUCUUCGGUCAGGAGUCGGACAAGUCAGCGAAUUCGACAUUAAACACGCCGCAACUUCUGAGGCCAGCAUUAUCAACUUUAAUUCUGCCGUUGACCCUAUGAUAUCGCGCAUGGCCGAAGCCCAGGGUGUCAGCUUGAUGAACCAUAAUAUCAUUUAUGAAUUAAUUGACGACGUCAAGGCAAAACUGAGUGAAUAUCUCCCACCGAAUAUUACCUAUCGUGUAACCGGCGAGGCCGAAAUCACGCAACAAUUUGAGAUUACCCUCAAGGGCCGAAACAAGACUUUGAUUGCGGGUUGCAAAGUCCGUAAUGGUGUUAUCAGUCGAGGAAAGAAAGUGCGUGUUAUGCGGAAUAAGGAGAUUAUUUACGAAGGCUCCCUCACAUCCCUCCGCAACGUCAAAAAGGACGUCACAGAAAUGCGCAAAGAUACCGAAUGCGGUCUCAGUUUCCAGGACUGGGUCGGGUUCCAAGUCGGCGAUCAUGUACAGUCUUAUGAGGAAGUUGUUGAGAAGAGGUAUCUUCAUUAA